AUGCCCUGGACAGAGAUUCGUUUUGAUGACAAACCCGACUCCGAGGAGCAGAAGUUCUACCUGGGCAAGCGUCUGGGGAACGGCUCCUUUGGUCAAGUCUUCUUGGCCAAGAACCGCCGUGGCAAAGAGCUCGCGGUCAAAGUGGAGAUGUCCUGUCGUAGCUCGUUGCUCUUCAGCGAGGCGCACCUUUUGAAGAAGAUCGCCGCGCCCGGUUUCCCGAAGGUCCACCAUGUGGCGUCCGAAGGUGGCUUCAAUAUGCUUGCAAUGGACUUACUGGGCCCCUCCUUAGACGCCCUCUUUCAAAAGUGUGGACGACGAUUUAGUCUUAAGACUCUUCUGAUGCUUGCAGCUCAGAUGCUCGAUCGCCUCGCAUAUCUUCACUCGAAGGAGUAUUGUCACCGGGAUGUGAAGCCUGAGAAUUUCCUCAUUGGCCUAGGGGAAAGGUGCAAUGUGGUUCAUUUGAUCGACUUUGGCUUGAGCAAGAAGCGUCGAGACAAGCCGCGGGCAGAACAAAAGAGCCUCACGGGCACUACACGGUAUGCGUCGACGCGGGCCCAUCGGGGUGCCGAUCAAGGCUAUGGGGAUGACUUAGAGUCGCUGGGCUACGUGUUGGCAUACUUCCUUCGAGGCAAGCUGCCCUGGCAGGGCCUUGAUGCCGACACAAAGGAGGCGAAGCACGCCAAGAUCGCGGAGAUGAAGCACGCCACAUCUGCCGAGGAGCUGUUUGAAGGUUCACAUCCGGUCUUCGUAUCCUACAUGCGAUGUGUCAAGAACUUCAAGUUCGAGGACAUACCCAACUAUCGCCAGCUCCGCAGAAGCUUUACUCAGACCUUGGCCGAGGAAGGCUUUGAGGACGAUGGCGACUUCGACUGGCUUCUCCCUCAGGAGCAGCUUGGAGGUCGAACGUUCCAAGGUCGACUUGGCAAUCGAGUCGAAGACAUAAGUAUGAUCCUGACAUCCGUAGCCAUUUUGGCUCAAGGUAUUGGGGUGGGAGUUCACUCUUUGCCACCACCCUAA